AUGAAAUCACCAGAGUCGCCGUUGCUCGCGAGGCGCCGCGGGCGCCUCCGCAAAACUAUUGACAGCGACGCAGACAGCGACGGCGAGCCAGCAGCAGCAGCAGCGACAGCAGCAGCAGCAGCAGCUGCAGCUGCAGCUGAUUCUACCCCGCCAAAGGGCACCCCAAGAAAACGAGGAGGCCUUUCUGUCAGCUCCACGUCUGCCUCCUCUGCAGCAGCAGGAGCAACAGAAACAGCAGCAGCAGCAGCAACAGCAGAACCAGCAGCAGCUGCUGCUGGGCAGUCUGGCGGCAGCGACAACGAAAGCAAAGGGCCGUCGAGUGUUUUUCAGCGUUUGCGGCUGAGACAAAAGUGGAAAGAAGAAAAAGAAAAAGAAUCAACUCCAAAGAAAGAAUUAAAAGUGAAAAGACAAAUUGCAAAACGUGAAAACAAAAGAAGUGCAGCUUCGCGCUCUUCUGAAGACUCGUCCGAUGGAGCAGCAGCAAGCAGCAGCAGCAGCAGCCGCAGCAGCAGCCGCAGCAGCAGCAGCAGCGCGUCCGUGCCCGAGAGCGAGUCUGAAAGCGACUUGGACGCCUCUCCUUACAGGGGCCGCAUGCAUGCAACAGCAGCAGCAGCAGCAGCAGCAGCAGCGGACUUCGACGAGGCCGUGGACUGGUGCUUGAACUACAUUUUGAAAGAAAGACAAUGGGCUGCAACUGCUGCUAGUGAAGAACAAAGAAAAAUAGAAGUGACACUUUGGGACAGCGAGCUGACGAGGGGCGGGACGCGCCCCUUUUCGGAGGCUUUUCUGUGCGAGCCGCUGCGGCCUUUGAGCGCUCAACUUUUGGCCGCGUCGACGCCGGAGGAAAAAGCAGUUGUCUUUUUGGAUUAUCCAAACGAACAGUAUUCCACGGAGUUUCUGCAUUUGUAG